UCUGUCAGCCAGUCUUCUGGCUCCUGGCGCCGCGUCUGUUCCUUGGUCUCGGCCACCCGCCCCGCGCCUCGAUGUCGCCAGGCGCAGACAGCAUGGCUCCUCUCUGCUUCAAUUGCUCCAGUCUCCCUGGAGACAUGUCCCCACGGGAUGCAAGGAGCCUGGUGCCCUGCAAUGGUAGUAGGGCCUCGAGGCUCCCCGACCCGGAGGACUUGAACCUCACCGAUGAGGAACUGAGAUUCAAGUACCUGGGGCCCCAGCAGACAGAGUUGUUUGUGCCCAUCUGUGUCACGUACCUGCUGAUCUUCGUGGUGGGCGCCGUGGGCAAUGGGCUGACCUGCACCGUCAUCCUGCGUCACAAGAACAUGCGUACCCCCACCAACUACUACCUCUUCAGCCUGGCUGUGUCCGACCUGCUGGUGUUGUUGGUGGGCCUGCCCCUGGAGCUCUACGAGAUGUGGUACAACUACCCCUUCCUGCUGGGCGCCGGGGGCUGCUACUUCCGCACGCUUCUCUUAGAGACGGUCUGCCUGGCCUCCGUGCUCAAUGUCACGGCCCUGAGCGUGGAGCGCUAUGUGGCCGUGGUGCACCCGCUGCAGGCCAGGUCCACGAUGACUCGGGUUCACGUGCGCCGCGUGCUUGGGGCCAUCUGGGGCCUCGCUGUGCUUUGUUCUCUGCCUAACACCAGCCUGCAUGGCAUCCAGCAGCUGGAAUUGCCCUGCCGGGGCACGGUGCCCCAAUCGGCCACAUGCACCUUGGUCCACCCGCGGGCCCUCUACAACCUGGUCGUGCAGAUCACCACCCUGUUCUUCUUCUGCCUGCCCAUGGCCACCAUCAGCGUGCUCUACCUGCUCAUCGGGCUCCAGCUGCGGCGUGAGAGAUUGCUGCUGCUCAGGCAGGAGGCCAGGGGCAGGGCCAGGUCCAGUGACAGUGGCAGGUUUCAGCGGUCACAGGAUCGGGGCCGGACACAGGUGACCAAGAUGCUGUUUGUGCUGGUCAUGGUGUUUGGGAUCUGCUGGGCCCCUUUCCACGUUGACCGCCUCAUGUGGAGCUUUGUGUCCCAGUGGACCGAGGGUCUGCUCCUGGCCUUCCAGUACGUGCAUGUUAUCUCCGGAGUCUUCUUCUACCUCAGCUCGGCAAUUAACCCCGUGCUCUACAACAUCAUGUCAAGCCGCUUCAGGGAGACUUUCCAGGAAGCCCUGUGCUUGGGGACCCGGUACCACUACCACAGACCCCGCCACAACUCCUACAGCCUCAGCAGGGUGACCAUGGGCAGCACCCUGUGUGACCUGGGCUCCCCGGGCAGCAGGGCCCAGCUGCCGACGGAGAAUGGGGGCCUCUAGGGGCUGCAAGAGACCGACCCCUUCUGAGUGGAGCCUGGGAGCAGCUUCACCCAGAGAGGCCAGAGAGCCACACACCGUUUCGGGAGCCACCCUUGCCCUCCUCUGCCGGCAUGUCUUCAUGACCUGUCCCCCUCUGGAUCCCGUCCCUACUUCAGCCGAUAACCUCGGACUGGCCCCUCAGCAACUCCUACCCCCACCCAAGUUUUUGGAAAGGAAAUAAGGUUGCGCUUUGCUUUCUAGAGCCCUCGGCACGCAGGUGAGAUUGGUCCUCUACAGAAACAAGGCAGCUGGUUGGCAGGCAGAGCAAGCCUCCAUCUGGGGUCUCACCCACCCCCACCCCUGGUUUCUGAAAUGUGUUCAGGGGGCCCCACUUUCCCUCCCAUUUCUCGUUGAGAUUCUGCAGGUUCUGGCCUGUUCGGGCCCUGUCUAGCUCUUGGCCUGUCCCCGGGACCCCAGCCACCCUGACCCUCUGUGGUCCCCCUCUGCCACUCAUUCGGCUCUGGGUCUCCACCUAGAGGGGUAGCUGGGUGGCAGGGGUGCUAGGGAUCCAGGGGACCUCGUUCCCAUCUCAGCCCUGCUGCCACCACCUUGCCUCGUAGCAUCACCUUCCCCAGACUUGGUCCCUUGUUUGCAAAAUAAAUGUGACCCUGGCAUUUGAGAGGGUCCCACUUCGCACUUCA